UACGUUCUCAGCCAGAGGUGAUCUCCCAGCUGGAGAAAGGUGAAGUGCCUUGGAUGCCUGAGGGAGAAGUACCCAGAAGCCCUUGUCGAGAUUCUCUUAUUCUGAAUACUAGGCGUAAAACGACAGAAUCAGUUCUGAAGCAUUCGGUUUCUCUUGGAGAAACAUCCAAAGAAAUACUCACAAAGGAUGGAUCUUGUAAUGCCAUUCUGGGAGAUGGCUGGGAAUGUGAUGUCAAGUUACAGAAGCAGAAGGAUAACCAGCAAAGAAAGUCUAAGAAAAUGACAGUCACCCAUGAAAGCAACAUAUUUGGGAAAAGCUUCAGUUCUGCUUCAUUACCUGUUCUACAGCAGAGAGCUGCCACAGGAAAAAGUCUCCAUGGGUAUGGAGGAAGCACAAAGAUCUCCAAACAGCAUUCGAGCAUUCUCAAAUGUCAUAAAAUCUCUGGCAAGAAACUUUCUAAGUCUAAUAAAUACAGGAAAUCCUUCAGUUACCAUUCAGAUCUUAUUCAGUAUCAUAGAAAACUUACUGGGAAAAAAACAUGUGAAUGUAGUGAGUGUGGGAAAGCUUUUAGCACCAGAUCGUCACUUAAAAGACACCUGAGGCUUCAUACUGGAGAGAGACCCUUUGUAUGCAAUGAGUGUGGGAAAGCCUUCGUUCAGAGGGCCAGAUUGAAUGUACAUAAGAGAAUUCAUACUGGAGAAAAACCCUUUGUUUGCCAUGAGUGUGGUAAAGCGUUCAGAUACUCAAUAAGUCUCACUGAACAUGAGAGAAUUCACACAGGAGAGAAACCUUUUGAAUGUAAAGAAUGUGGGAAAGCCUUCAGGCAGAGCUCAGCACUUAGGAGGCAUCAGAUAAUCCAUACUGGGGAGAAACCCUUUGUGUGUAAUCUGUGUGGGAAAGCCUUCACACAGAGUGGAAAACUUACUAUACAUAAGAGAAUUCACACAGGUGAGAAGCCCUUUCAAUGUAAACAAUGUGUUAAGACCUUUAGCUACAUCUCAUCCCUUAGAGAUCAUUGUAGGCUUCAUACUGGAGAAAACCGUCAUGAAUGUAAUGAGUGUGGGAAGUCUUUCAGUACAAGCGCAUCACUUAAAGGCCACCAAAAAAUUCAUACAGGUGAGAAACCCUAUGUAUGUGAUGAGUGUGGGAAAGCUUUCAUAGAAAAAGUAAGACUUACUGAGCAUAAAAGAAUUCAUACUGGAGAGAGACCCUUUGUGUGCAAUGAGUGUGGGAAAGCCUUCAUUCAGAAGGCCAAAUUGAAUGAACAUAAGAGAAUUCAUACUGGAGAAAAACCCUUUGUUUGCCAUGAGUGUGGAAAAGCUUUCAGGUGCUCAAGAAGUCUUACUCAACAUGAGAGAAUUCACACAGGAGAGAAACCUUUUGAAUGUAAAGAAUGUGGGAAAGCCUUCAGGCAGAUCUCAGCACUUAGCAGGCAUCAGAUAAUCCAUAAUGGGGAGAAAUCCUUUGUGUGUAAUCUGUGUGGGAAAGCCUUCAUGGAGAGUAGAAAACUUACUGCACAUAAGAGGAUUCACACAGGUGAGAAGCCCUUUCAAUGUAAAGAAUGUGGGAAGACCUUUUGUCACUUCUCAUCCCUUAGAAAUCAUUCUAAGUCUCAUACUGGAGAAAACCGUCAUCAAUGUAACGAGUGUGGAAAAUCUUUUAGUAUAACCACAUCACUUAAAGAGCACAAAAAAAUUCAUACAGGUGAGAAGCCCUAUGUGUGUGAUGAGUGUGGGGAAGCUUUCAUAAAUAAAGCAAGACUUACUGAACAUAAAAGAAUUCAUACUGGAGAGAAACCCUUAGAAUGCAAUGAAUGUGGGAAAGCCUUCAGCCACACCUCAUCUCUUAGAUAUCAUCAGGGGCUUCAUACUGGAGAAAAGAGAUACAAAUGCAAUGAGUGUGGGAAGUGCUUCAGUGCAAAUUCAGCCCUUAGAAAACACCAGAAAACUCAUACUGGAGAAAAACCCUUUUCCUGUACUGAGUGUGGGAAAGCUUUCAUAGAGCGAGGAAGAGUUACAGAACAUAUGAGAAUUCAUACUGGAGAGAAACCUUUUGAAUGUAAUGAAUGUGGAAAGGCCUUUAGCUUUGCCAGUCGUCUUACUAAACAUCAGAGAAUUCACACAGGAGAGAAACCUUUUGAAUGUAGUGAAUGUGGAAAAGCCUUCAGCCAAAACUCAACCCUUAAGACACAUCAAUUAACACAUACUGGAGAGAAGUCCUUUGAAUGUAAUGAAUGUAAGAAAAUCUUCAGUAGUCGGUCAUCCUUGAAGCUUCAUUCGAGAAUUCAUACAGUAGAGAAAAAGUUUCAGUGUACUGAAUGUGAGAAAUCCUUUAUCAGAAGUUCAGCACUUAUGAAGCAUCAGAGGAUUCACACUGGUGAAAAACCAUUUGCAUGCAGUGAAUGUGGGAUAGCCUUCAUAGAGAGAGGAAGACUUAAUGAACAUAUGAAAAUCCAUAUGGGAGAGAAACCCUUUGAAUGCAAUGAAUGUGGAAAAGCCUUUGUCUACCUAGGAAGUCUUAAAGAACACAAGAGAAUCCAUAGUGGGGAGAAGCCCUUUGGAUGUAAUAUAUGUGGAAAAGCCUUCCGCCACAGUAUGGGUCUCACAGCCCAUAAGAGAAUUCAUACAGAAGAAAAGCCUUUUGAAUGUAAAGAAUGUGGGAAAGCCUUUCGUAACAGCUCACAUCUUAUGAUUCAUUGGAGACUUCAUACAGGAGAGAAACCCUUUAAAUGUAAUGAAUGUGGAAAAGCCUUCAGAAAUAGUUCAAACUUUAGGACACAUCAAAGACUUCAUACUGGAGAGAAGCCCUUUGAUUGUGAUCAAUGUGGGAAAGCCUUCAGAGAGAAGAGAAAACUUACUUUACACAAGAGGAUUCAUACUGGAGAGAAACCUUUUGAAUGUAAUCAAUGUGGAAAAGCUUUCAGUUAUCCAACAAGUCUUACAGAACAUAAGAGAAUGCAUACUGGAGAGAAACCCAUAGAAUGUAAUGAAUGUGGGAAAACCUUCAGUCACAGCUCAUCUUUUAGGAAUCAUAGGAAGUGUCAUAUUAAAAAAUAACAAUAUCUAUGAAACAAAUAUGGGAAACCUCUAGUGAAAACUGAUUCCUUUUGUAUCUUCAGAAAAUUCAUAUUUUGGAAAAACCAGUUCAAGGUUCUAUAUGAAUGCUUUUUCCCUUCUUAUCCAUGGAUCUGAAAGCUACUUUCUUCCUUGUUCCUCUAAUUUGUCAAUGAUGUGUCCUUUUAUGUCUAUGUCAUUUAUCCAUUUGGAACUUACAUUGGCAUAUAAUAUGUGAUAUUGGUCUAAGUAUAAUUUCUGUCAGGCUGCUGUUCAGUUUUCCCAGCAAUUUUUUUUUUCAAAUAGUGAAUUCUUACCUUAGUAACUGGGGUCCUUCCUUGGGUUUAUCAGACACUAUGCUUUUAAGUUUAUUUGCUUCUGUAUGCUGUAUACCCAACCUGUUCCAUUGAUUGAUCUCUCUCUCUCUCUUUUUUAACCAGUACCAAAUUGUUCUGAUGAUCCUUCCUUUGUAGCAAGUUUGAGAUCUGGUACUGCUAAGCUCCUUUCAUUCCCAUAUCUUUUCAAAAAACUUCCCUUGAGAAGCUUGAUGUUUUGUUCCUUCAGAUGAAUUCCAUGAUAAUUUUUUCUAGUUCACUAAAGUGAUCUCUUAGUACUUUGAUGUGAUAUUGAAUAAGUAAAUUAAUUUUGGUGGUAUUGAGAUUAUUAUUAUAUUGGCUUAAUUUACCCACAUGAGCAGUUUUGAAUCUUCCUCUGCUGGGUUUUAUUGGUAGUUUACUGAAGUCUUGAUGAUUUGUGUGGAUUCAUCUUAUAUUCUGCAACUUUGCUGAAGUUAUUAUUUAAUUUUUUUUAGUGAACUCUCUAAGUACACAAUCAUAUCUUUGGCAAAAAGCAAUAAUGUUUCCUCUUUGUCUAUGAUAAUUCCUUUAAUUUCUUAUUCUUGUCAUUGCAGUUGCUUGCAUUUCUAUAUUAAAUAGUAGGAGAAAGAGUGGACAGCUUUGCUUUUCCCAUGAUCUUACUGGAAAGGAAACAAGUUUAUCUCACUUUUAUGUAAUUUUAGCUCUUAGUUUUAGAUAUACAUUAUUAUGUUGAUGGUAGGUCAUUUUAUUCCUGUUUUCUAGUGUUUUUAACUCAAAUGGAUGUUGUAUUUUGUCCAAAACAUUUUCCAUGUCUAUUAAUGUAAUCAUACGAUUUGUUCUGGUUAUUAAUAUGAUUAGCUGUAUUUAUAGUUUGCCUAAUAUUAACCGACUCUGCACUCCUGAUGUAAAGCCAACCUAAUUGUAGCGAUAUUUCCUUUAUUUUUUACUCAUUUGGGGUUAGCUAUCAAGAUAAUAUUUGUAUUGUAGAAGAAUUUGAUAGGAUCCCUUCUUUUGAUAUUUUUACAAACAGUUGAUGUGAUAUUGGAAUUUAUUGUGCUUUGAAUAUUAGAUAGAAUUAACUUGUGAAUUAAUCUGGUCCUGAGCAUUUUCCUUUGGGAUUUCAUUAGUUGUUUGUCCAGCUUGUUUAAAAUCUCUACUACUUGUUAUACUAAUCUGCGUAUUUCAUUUUGGGGGCAAAUAUUCAUUUAUUUUAGUUAAGUUGUCAGUUUUAUUGUCAUACAACUUGGCAGAAAGUAGUAUCUUUUAAUGCCCUUUAUUUCUUCUACAUUUUUUUGUGAAUUAAAAAAAAAUUGGUACUGGUAAUUUGGGGUUUUUUUCUUUCUUUUCAGUAAAAUCAACUAAUGGCUGGUUUAUUUUAUUGUGUUUUUUAAAG